GGCUCUCUGUCCCCUGCAGUCACGAUGGAGGCGUUCAGCUCCCGCAACCUGGCCCUGCAGGCCGAGAAGAAGAUCCUGAGCCGCAUGGCCAGCAAGUCCGUCGCCAACAUGUUCAUCGACGACACGAGCAGCGAGAUCCUGGACGAGCUGUACCGCAUCUCCAAGGAGUACACGCAGAACCGGGCCGCGUCGCAGAAGGUCAUCAAGAACCUCAUCAAGGUGGCGGUCAAGAUCUCCGUCCUCUACCGGAACCGCCGCUUCAGCGAGGCCGAGCUGGGCCUGGCGGAGGAGUUCAAGCGCAAGCUGCACCAGGGCGCCAUGACAGCCAUCAGCUUCCACCAGGUGGCCUUCACCUUCGAGAAGGCCGUCCUCGUGCAGAUCCUGCAGGAGUGCCGGGACUUGCUGCUGAGGCUGGUCGACAAGCACCUGACGCCCAAGUCGCACGGGCGCAUUCGCCACGUCUUCGACCACUUCGCGGACGUGGAGCUGCUCGCCCAGCUCUACAGCCCCGGGGAGCCCUACCAGCCGCACCUACGGAAGAUCUGCGAGGGGCUGAGCCGCCUCCUCGACGAAGGGAGGCUCUGAAGCCCACCGGAGGCGCGGGGAGGGGGCAACCCCUACAGACGCGGGCGGGCGGGCGGGACGGAGCCGGGGAGGGCACGCUCACUUCCCUGGCACUCCCCGCGGCGGCCGGCAGGGUGGUCCUGCCGCCGCAAGGAUCAUGGACCACGCGCCCCAGGCACGUGCUGGGGGAGCCACGGCCCCAGUCACGAGGCGCUGCACGUUCCGUGGCUCCAGCAACCCCGUGCAGGCUCAGCUGCUUGGCUUUUCUUCCCAGGAGGACUAGAACGCUGAGGGCCGGCAGGGGUGACUGCAAGCAUUGAGUUUCAGACCUGCUACCCGCGCACCUGCCUGUGCGUGCAGGUGUGCAAGAGGAAGGGGCAGCCAUGCCCCCAGCCCCCUGCUGCAUCUUCCCAGGCCACCCGCGACAAACGUGAUGCAUCUCUGGUCUGCCUGGGAUGUGCACAUCAAGCUUCUUCGGCGGACUUUGGGGAGGGAGACGGAUGUCCGGGCCCCCCAGCGGCUUGCCCCCUCAGGUCAGGGGCCGGACCGUGCACCUCCUCAGCCGCGGUGCCACAUCCGGGCAAAGCCUGCAAGCGGAGCGCGGGGCGGCAGGGGGAGGCGAUCCAGGAGGGGGCGCAAGCUUGGCUGCCCAUCCAGCCGGGCAGCUGCCCACCGUCCCUCCGCAGCGCCUGCAGCCCUCGUCCUCGGGGGAACCGCUAAGGCUCUCAGGGAAGUUCGUCAGCCGCGUUCACUCCUCUGCAGAUGCAACUCGGCAAACGGAGACGAAAUUAAACUCCUUCCUCCCGA